CCUCGCAACCAGAUCACGCUGUCAGUAUUGACAACAACUGGGACACAAGUCUCGUGUCGGCCAUUUUAUCAGGUGUUCUUUCUCUGUGCGUUGAAAAUUACAAAGCCAUUUUAAAAAUCAAAACAAAAUGGCUAAACGUGGCACCAACGCAGACUGGCAGUCAGGGAAGGAAUUCGCCGACACCAACUUACACAUGCUUGAAAGCAGCAUCGGGUGUGAUGUGACAUUUCGUGUGGGUUUAGAAGAGACCAAAGUCCACGCUCACAAGUUUAUGAUGAUCAGUCGCAGUCACGUGUUUUCCACCAUGUUUUGCGGGGGAUUCACCAAAACGGGUGACAUCAGUAUCAGUAAUACUGACGUCACGACUUUUAAACAGUUUCUUAGAUUCAUCUACACAAAUGAUAUCACUAUUGAAUAUGACAACGUUGUGUGCAUGCUGAACCUAGCAAAACGAUACAGCAUUGGAAAACUACAAGAUGUUUGUGUAAAGUUCCUGGACAUUUCUACAACUAGUGACAAUGUAUGCCACAUUCUCUCGCAGGCAGGAUGUCAUGAUGAGAUGGAUGUCCACAACCAAUGUUUACACUUCAUUAACCAAAAUGCAAAAGAUGUUUUGGCAUCACCUGGAUUCUUGGAUUUGUCUCAAAAGUCAGUGUUUGAUAUUGUAAAAUCGGACGACCUUGACAUUGACGAAGAAGCUGUAUUUCGAGCUGUCGACAAAUGGGCAGAGAACACGUGCCAGAAACAGGGACUAGCAGUUACUUCACAAGCAAAACGUGACGUUCUUGGUUCAGUUACAAACCAAGUGCGGUUUUGUCUGCUGUCGAAACAAUUUGUUGCCAACACUGUCAACGUGAGUGGCUACUUGACCCAGAAGGAAGAGCUCACGAUUUUGCAACAUUUCCUUUCUCCGAAAACCCAUACCUUUCCCGGAGAAUUGUCUGCGAAGCCACGGAAUCGUAUUCCAAUAUACAGACGCUUGAACCUUAGAACAUUUCAUAGAAAGUGCUUCGGUCUAGUACAUUUCAGAUCGGCCAAGUUUUGGAAGUUGAUUUUGGGGUUCUUUAUUGCAAUAUAUAUUGUCGUCACUCUCUCGUAUCUAACUGGCAAUUUGAAUCGUCGAGACAUGACUGGAAACGUUUUCCUCAGAAAAGGAUUUAACUUUAAGGGUGUUAAAAUCAGAAUUGAGGAUGUCAAAGAAGAUUGGUAUUUAGUGAGUGUUACUGCAAGCCUUUUUGAUGACAAACGUCAUAUAGCGACGCUGGAAAAAUUUGAAAGAAGACAGCUAAAUGUAGUUCAUGUAGUAUGGCUAGAGCUACCAGAAGCUGUGGUUAUACAGGAAAGUACAAAACACACCAUUUUUGUUGUUGUAGACCUUUAUGGAUUUGAAGACAUUUUUCUGAACUUCUUUAAAUUGUUUGAUAAUAACCCGAUUCCUAAAGCAUGGGACAUUGAAUCUAUAAAACUAUUAUCUAAUUGAAAAAUGAAUGAAUGAAUGAAUGAAUGAAUGAAUGUUUAACGACACCCCAGCACGAAAAAUACAUCGGCUAUUGGGUGUCAAACUAUGGUAAUGCAAAUAAAUAAAGUGAUGAUC